UUAUGUCAUUUUCUUAACAUCAGUUAGGUUUUGCCAUCUAAAACUAUCAAGACCAAACACGAUUUUUAGGAUUCAGAUUAUGCUGUAAAUUACAGGAACAAACAUUAUGAACACAGGCUAAAUUAUUCCAACAAAAUUCGAGAAAGUGACAGAGCCUGAGCCAUAGAGAGAUCUAUGCACAGACAGCUGGAGGAAGCACAGUCCUGCGAUGCAAGUGUAACAUUAAAAAUGAGACAGGGCAGCUUUAAGAGAGAAACAGGAAGCUGUAACUAGAAUCCAGCUGAAUUCUGAGCUGGGGCACUUUGCCGUGAGGCUGCAAAUGAAGCAGAUGUGUUUGUGAAUUUCCGUAGUGUCUGGACAUUUUUGUGCCAAAGGUGAUAACGCUUUCCUUCCUCUGAAUUUUUCUUUUAUUUUGCACAUAUUUUCCAUAAAGGGAAUGAAAUGGAGAAGUUAAGGAAAUAUGUAUCAGUGAAAGAUGAAGAUCAGUUUUAUCAUCAGGGAGCUGUGGAGUUGCUGGUCUUUAACUUUCUGCUCAUUCUUACAAUAUUAACAAUUUGGUUAUUUAAAAACCAUCGAUUCCGCUUUCUGCAUGAAACUGGAGGAGCCAUGGUUUAUGGCCUUGUAAUGGGAUUAAUUAUACGAUAUGCAACAAAACCAUCAGAUGUUGAAAGUGGAACCGUUUAUGAAUGUGAAAAGCUGAAAUCUGGGCCAUCCACUCUACUCAUUAAUAUAACUAACCAAGUCUAUGAAUAUCAAUACAAAAGAGAGAUUAGCCAUCACAAUGUCAAUGGCCACCAAGGCAAUGCAAUUCUUCAAAAGAUGACAUUUGAUCCUUCCAUCUUCUUCAACAUUUUGCUGCCACCUAUUAUAUUUCAUGCUGGAUAUAGUUUAAAAAAGAGACAUUUUUUUCGUAACUUAGGAUCAAUUUUAACCUACGCCUUUUUGGGAACUGCAAUCUCCUGCAUCGUCAUAGGGUUGAUAAUGUAUGGCUUUGUGAAGGCCAUGGUACACAUUGGCCAGUUAAAAGGAUGGGAAUUCCACUUCACUGACUGUUUAUUUUUUGGAUCACUGAUGUCUGCCACUGACCCAGUGACAGUCCUUGCUAUUUUCCAUGAGCUGCAUGUCGACACAGAUUUGUACACACUCCUCUUCGGAGAGAGUGUCCUAAAUGAUGCUGUGGCUAUCGUGCUGACAUACUCUAUAUCCAUUUACAGUCCCAAGGAGAAUCCUAAUGCAUUUGAUGCCGCUGCUUUCUUCCAGUCAGUGGGAAAUUUUCUGGGGAUCUUUGCUGGAUCAUUUGCCAUGGGCUCCUCUUAUGCUGUUGUCACAGCUUUAUUGACAAAAUUUACAAAGCUGUGCGAGUUCCCCAUGUUGGAGACAGGCCUGUUUUUCCUCCUAUCUUGGAGUGCCUUCUUAUCAGCAGAAGCCGCUGGUCUUACAGGUAUUGUUGCGGUCCUUUUCUGUGGGGUCACACAGGCCCACUAUACCUACAACAACCUGUCAGCAGAUUCCAAAGUGAGAACUAAACAGUUGUUCGAGUUCAUGAAUUUCCUGGCUGAGAAUGUCAUCUUCUGCUACAUGGGACUUGCUCUAUUUACCUUCCAAAAUCAUAUCUUCAAUGCUUUGUUUAUAUUUGGUGCAUUUGUGGCAGUUUUCAUAGCAAGAGCAUGCAACAUAUAUCCACUUUCUUUCCUUUUGAACUUGGGUCGAAAACAAAAGAUUCCCAGGAACUUUCAGCACAUGAUGAUGUUUUCGGGUUUACGCGGUGCAAUAGCAUUUGCGCUGGCUAUUCGAGACACAGAAUCCCAACCAAAACAAAUGAUGUUUACAACAGCACUACUUGUUGUAUUUUUCACAGUCUGGGUGUUCGGCGGGGGCACAACACCAAUGCUCACGUGGCUUCAGAUCAGAGUCGGUGUAGAUCCAGAUGAAGAUCUGAAAGCAGAAGCUGCAAACCAGAGAGCAUCUAACUUGGAUAAAAAUACAACGAAAGCCGAGAGUGCAUGGCUGUUCAGAAUAUGGUAUGGAUUUGACCACAAAUACCUAAAACCCAUUUUAACCCACGCUGGUCCACCGCUUACGACGACGCUACCCGAAUGGUGCAGUCCUGUCGCCAGGCUUCUGACGAGCCCCAGUGCAUAUGGCGAUCAACUGAAAGAUGAGGACACAGAUUACAUCGUCAAUAACGAUGAACUGACUGCAACCUAUGAAGCCUCCGCUCACAUGCCAGCACAGGACAUGGACUCCACCCGGCCUCCAGGAAAGGAGGACAUCCAUGAAGGAGACCUCGGAUUAGGCGGGUACGAACUCCAGCUUGAACACACCCCAGGUCAAUCCCAGCUGAAUUCAUCAGCAUGAACAGAGUAAUUGUAAUUGCAAGAAACACAAGGAAAAAAAGAAAUAAAAGGCCCUCUAUCAUGCAAACGAGAGGCUAGAAAAAUGUACUAAGCACAUAAAUUGAAGAAAACAAGUCUUGCCAACUCAGUCCCCGUUCCCCUACAGCAUAAGUUUACCACCAUCCAUACACAUACAACGUUCAGGUUUUUGACGGUGGCAAUUUUCAUGAAAGAUGUAGGGUACUGCCCACCCACUAUAAACACAUUAUUGCUGUGUUGUCUCAGACAGUGCUCGACUGUAUCAUGCCCCUCAGGCACACAUGGAAAAAGGCCUUUGAGUGUUUGUAACCUUAAAUCAACCGGAAUGGAGAAAAGUAUCUGGCUAACAUACUCAUGCCCACAUGAUCGCGCAACUUAUCACACAGCUGCUCCCAAGCAGAUCCACAGAUCAAGUGGGGGAGUUUUUAUAAAUAAGAGCAAGUAUUUAGCAGCUCUCCUGUCUUCUGAGCAUUAAGGUGGAUCAAAAAAAACCCCAAAACAAAGCAAAAAAAACCACACAGGUGUCAAUGCUAGGAAUUAAAGCACCCAGCUUCAGAUCUCUUGCUUCUUAAGGUUUCUACAGCCCUGAGACUCCCUAGACUUUCUUUAGAAGGACAAAAGCACCUACUGAAUUGAUUCACAAAAGCCUGUGCAGAGAAAUGCACUGCUUGAGGCAGCCAGUAGGAGACAGCUAAGAAGUGGGACAGUGUCCCAAAGCUCACCACUCUCUGGGCCUUCAGUGGCUUAUUACGAGCCACAGGGAGGUUCCCAGCCAGGACACAAACAUCUGAGCACUUUGCUCAAGAAAGAGCUAGAGCAGGUAUCUCUGCUCAGAGGUGCUGUUUCACACAGCAUUCCCAAGGUCAAGAUUUCCUACAUCUAUAACAUAGGAAACUGCCUCCAUUCUUGCCUUUGCCUAGUGGAGCUUUCAAACUGCAUCUUCCACCUAAAUGAAAACACGCCAGCCCCCACACCUGUAAAUUAAUCUGAAAGACACCUCCUCUGUUGAGGGUGUCCCACUUGGCACAGAAAAACAAGAGUAGCUGGGGGGAGAAAGAGGAUGAAUGAGCGAGUGCGCGUGGGAGCACACGAGCGUGUGAGAAGUAAUGGCUGGUCCAGCAAGUGCCAGUAACUAUCACGCUCACAUGGGAGAAGGGGGAGAUUCUUUGUCCGAUGAGCAUCUUUUAUAGAAAUACUUAAAAUACACAUUGCAGCACCUCAAACUUUUGGCACGAUCUCCUUUAUGCUUACAGAGUGUGGCCUUUUCCAGACAACCAAGUUCCAGUCCAAGAGUUACUUUCUAAGAAGUGCACCUUACAGCUUAGCGCCCCACAGAUUGCACCAGGGUGCCACAGAGCAGGCAGCAAUAACCUGAGACAUUGAAGCUAAUGAAAUCCAAGACAGACCCCUUUCUGUUGAAGCAUUCAAUGGGCAAGACCACUAUUUAGAGGGCAAUUAUUGCACAAGGCAUUUGCCAUUACAGCUUUGCGGCGUACAAAACUUGCAUGCUGGGAACAGUUUUGUUCUUGUUUGGUAGGAUCAUUUUAAACAUAUGUUUUGAUUUAAGCAGUUAUCUGUUUGGUUUUGUACUGUUUAAGGAAAAUCAGUUGUUUCUAAUCAAGUACUCCUGCAAAAGAGCUAUAUCUUAAAAUUGGAUACUGCAAGGACAAAUGCGUCCUUUUGUGUGUUUGUGCUGGCCAUUCAAUGCUGCACUAGUCAGGAGGACAGUGGUAGAUACAAAAACAAGAGGAGCGUUUAGGUAUGGAAAUAUCAAUUCUGUCUCCAUAAACGCAGUAACUGAAUAAGUAGUCAAUCAUAUGCAGCUAGCUGCCAUAUACCAUCAUCAAGCAUUUGCACGUAUCAGCUGGGUACUGCAAAUAGAGGGAUAGAGCCAGGCUUUUGUCAUUAGCCCAUGCAUCUUUGCCCACCUCCAAAGUUUCAACUCAGACUGUAAGCUGCUUAUCACACUGCAUGAAAAUAAAUCUAGUGACAAAGUUAAACCAUGAGAAGUUUUUAACAAAGUCAUUUUUAACACACAGAGAAAGACAGUGAGCAACAAAUUUGUAAUCUACAAGAAUAAAAAUCAAGUCAUCUCCAUGAAUGAUCAUAAAGCUGAAUAGGUCUUGAUUUUACCAUAGAUGGGAGCUGAAAUAGAAACUUAAGUAUAAUCAAGUUUUCAUCAUUUUUUUCCAGGCUAAUUAAUUACUGGUUAGAUAUGAUUCUAGAGCAGCCGCUUAAAGCAUAAAUUUGAACACUGGAGUUCUAUAUAGCGUUACGAAAGAUCAGAAGUUUAAAAUGGCAUUUUAUUUCCCCUCCAAACACUAAUCAAGGAACUUCAAAGGAUCUUAGUCCCCACUGGGUGGGGGAGCAAAACCACACACAGCUACAGGCACAAUAACAAGUCUCGAGCAAAAGUAAUGAAUUUCCAACCCCCUGCUUUGCCAUGUCUAGCUGCACGUGGUGGGAAAAGAUGCAGAGAGGGCUGCAAGAAGGAAUGGAGACAGCAUGAGGAAGUAUGGUUUUAUGGUGUAUUAUUUUGCAUCCUGCAGCACAGAAUAGGAGAUGGCAAAGACAACAGCAGGCAGGACAAGCAGUCAGAGAGAGACUCCAGCGAGGUGAAAACCCGGCAACAGAAUGAGAAGGGUAUCAUCAUGGGGAUUAACACAGUCCUAAUUUUCUGAUUUCAGUCCUCAAAGGUGUUAAGUAAAUCUCAUCAGGCUUCCUCAGGAAGUCCAUAUACGAUAGUGAAAUCAAUACUCUGCUCCAGUAUUAUGAAGAUGCAAAGCUGUUUUUCACAACUGCUACAUGAACUGGAAAUGACAAGCUCUUCACCAGAAGUCCUGCUCUACUCCAAAACGCACUCUGCAGCACGCUCUGUGGGAUUUUCACUGGUUUAUUUAUUGUGCCUAAUGUUCAAAUGUCUCAGACUUGUGAAAUGUGAUAAAUUGAGAGCUCUAGGGUAUGAAAAUCUCUGUUGAUCCAAAGAAGGAGGCAGUAGCGAAAACUCCACGCUGUCCUGUCUGUUUGCCUUAAAGGCUUACUUGGUAGAGAAAGUCACCUCCUCCAAGACGUGAGCUCAUUCUUCACGUUCUCACAGGCCAGAUCGUCACGCUAAGGCUGCCGAGAAGCUGAAUCAGUGGUCCCAGCAAGACGUGCUUCUAUCCUCUGGGACCAUGCUCAGCAAGCAAAAAAUCGUUGGUUUGGGGGAAAACAAAUAAUUUGAGCUACAAGCAAACCUGAAACUUCUAUUAAAUAGCAAUAAAAGUCUCUAUGAUCCAUUACACUAUUCAGUCUUGCCACUUCCUAAUUUUAAGAUUUUCUUUUCACAGCAUAUGGUUCAGGAGAGCCAAAACAUUAGAACAGAAGAACAUUACAACAUUGUAUUUGUAUUCAAGUAGGAAUUACUGGCAACUAGUAAUCCUACGCGACUGUUUAAACAGAGUAAUGUAUGUUAAGAGAGGCCUUUAAUGUUAAUUUACAGUUCAUAGGCUGGAGAUUUAAACUACUUAAUAUCACACAGUGUUUGACUGAACAUGCAAGUCACUCUGAUGAUAAAUGUGAAGCUAUUCCUCCUAUCUGACUUAAUCUAAUAAAACACUGCUUGGAAAAAUGA